UUUAUUUUUGUUUGCCUUUUUAAUUAUUAAUUAAAAUGGAAUCUGAAAAAUUAAACAAUCACAGCAAUAAUUUUCAAAAUUUCAUAAAAGUGCAAAAGGAAAUUAUGGAAACAUUCUCUGAUGGUGCUAAUGUCACCCAGUCAUUUCUACAACUCGACGAAUUGUUUAAGUUUUUCGAUGAGCAUUUCGAUGAAUUUCAUCAAAAGGAUAACCUUUGUGUCACGUUGGUGUCUAUCCAUCGCUGCCUGAAGUUAUGGAUCAGUCGUGGAGAUUAUUUAAAAGACGACAUUGGAAUACUUUUGAUUAAUUUUAUAGGAGACCACCGUGAAGAUGAAAAUGAUUUGAAUAUCGUUGUGCAAAUUGUCUAUCAAAUUAUGAGCUCGAUUAAGUAUUUUGGAAACAAUGAUGUCCCAAUAUCGGAAAAAUUGUUGCGCGAAUUAAAUACAAUUGUGACAUCGAUUAAAUGCAGAACCCUAAUUUCAUGUUGUCUUGCUUGCAUUCAAUUGUAUAUGAAAAUGUUUCCUGAAAGCUGUAAAAUCCUCACAUCGUUAUGGUUAAAUUUAAAGUUCACAUUUGAAUCAAAUUUAAAACUUGGCAUCAUUCAAGAUACAGAACUCGAUAUAUUAAUUCAGCUAAUUGAUGAUUUUAAAGCAAUUAAUUCCAACUUUCAUGAUGAACCAAUUUUAGUUGGUAUCGUUCAGCAUCUCCUUAAAUCUGACCAAAGGAAAUAUAGGAAAUGUGGUUACUUUCUGCUUAAGAAAGUUUUUCAAUAUUUUAUUGAAAAUAUCAAUACUGUUGCCGCAAUGUGGCUUUCUUCUGAUCAUAAAGAACAAAUCGAAUGCUCUUGGAUAAUGUAUAUAACAAUACUGGAAAAUCUUGAAGAAGAACAAUCUCAUUUGAUAAUACCAUCACUGGAAAACCUCGAGGAGAUAAUUAAAAGUAAACAUCUGAAAUCAUCUUGGUUAGAAAUUCUGUACAUACGAAUAUUAACACAUAAUAAUAAUUUGGUACUACGUUGGUCCAUAGAGUUCCUUCUGAAGACGUUUACAUGUUCAGAUUUAAGUGCGGACAUAUUGAAACAUUUGCUGCAAGCAACAAACUCCAACUUACUUUACAACUAUGAAGGUUAUUUCCUUAAUAGAAACCUAUUACCUUCUUUUUUAUAGGGUAAUUUAAUAAAUGUUCUUACAACGUUACCCAAAGUUGAGAACUGGAAGUCGGUGCCUUUGUAUGUAUGGCUUGAAAAUCUUAGAGAAAAAGAAUUGCCGAAAUCGCUGAACCUUGAAAUGGUCUUAAAGAUAUCCGCUUGUGUUCGAAAAUUACAACAUUUUACUAUACGGCAAAAAACAAUAGAAAUGUGCCAUAAACUUUUCGAUGAUUUUGUAAAGAAAAUGACUAUGGCUGAAUAUGUUACGUACGUAGAAACACUUUAUAAUUCCAGCGAUAACUACAGCGAUUAUGAAACGUUUUUUAAUAAAAAAUCGUCAUUAAUUGAUUCUGGGCUCAACAGUUACAUUUUCAAACAACGAUUCUAUGAAAUUUUUACAAACAAUGAAUGGGACCAAAACGAACUGUUAUUGUUUCUAAAUGACAUACCAGUUGAACUACAUGGUUGGCUAAAAUUUGCCUUAUUUAAUUUAGAGCUUUCGGAAUGCAAUCAAAAACAAAUUAAAAAUGUAUAUAACAUAGAUUUGAAUUCACUUACAUAUUGUGAUUUACAUAAAGUUAUAAACAUAUUUGAAAACUGUUUCCUAGACUCGCCACCAUAUGAUAAGUAUGAACAGAGAGAAUGUCAACGCGCUGCUAUUUCUUUUUACAUCUAUCAAAAGUCUGAUUUUGAAAAUGAAGCCGAGGACACACUACGUUUUAUAUUGAACUCAGGAAUAAAGCAUAAUGUACUAGAUACAUUUGCUAAAAGAUUUUUAGAUAAAUCUGACAAGGUGAUUGAUUUGUGGUUUAUUGAUGAACUUUUAAAAGAUAACUCUGAACUUGUACUAGAUUGUGUUUCAAAUUAUCUGCGUAGAGUUUAUGAUGAAGAUUUAGUUUAUAAAUAUGCCGUAACAAUUUUUGAAAAAUAUACAUACAUUCCGACUGCUUUCACCGAAAUUAAUUUGCUUAAGCACUGUACAGAUGAAUUGUUUAAAGAGUUAGCAAGCAAAGGUGAAAAUAGAAUUGAAGAAGCAUUUUGCUUUAAUCACCUCGACGCUGAAAUAUCGGUUCUGCGAAUAUUUACCUUGGAUCAAGUAAAAAGAUUUAGUAACAAGCAAUUUGUAUUGGACUUAUUAAAAUAUCAUACAGAUUUAACCAAGAAGAAGCCAAGAUAUUUUGAAAAUUCUGCUGAACAUCGUACUAAAUUGAGAAUUGCAAUUUGUAUCUACGCUGCAUAUGAAGACAUAGAUGAAGAUGUAUUAGAUCAGAUUUGGAACAUCGUAUUAAAUGAAAAUAAUCAACUGAAUAUUAUAUACAUAUAUGAAUAUAUUCUUGGAAUAUAUGAAAAAAGGAUAGAUUUUAUGUUAAGUAAAUUGAAAGAGGCACAAAGUUUAACUUCUAGUCAACAGGUUUCUAUUAUAUCGGUGGCAUUUAUAAUUUUUCUGAUAAAUCGUGCAGAGCUUGAAACCAGAAAAACGGAGGUUUCAUAUUUACUGGCACUUACAAUGGGUGCCAAUUUUCAAACUCGCCUUUUUGCACAGAUGUCAUUAAAUAUACUUUUAAAAAAAAAACAUUUUUCGGAAGGAAUUGAAGGCAGUGAACAAUUAAUGCAAUCAAUUGAAUAUGCUACGGGAACAAAAUUAAAUGAAUAUUUAAAUGAUAUUCGUAUGCAAAUAUGUACCUUUCCAAAAGAAAUUGAUAGGAUUCAAAUAAUUCUUUAUAUAACAAAUACUCCAUUUGACGAACUCUUCGAAUCUUUUGACUUAAACAGCUAUACUGCAGACGUAGCACAGGUAGAACUGUGUCGUGAAACGUUUAUGAAAAAAAUUAAAGUGUCAACAAAUGAAGAUACGAUACAGAAAAGUACGAUAAAUGAUCAAAUUCAAAGAAAAAUGAAUCCAGUCAAUGAUCUUACCGAACCACAUAAUUUAAUAAUUUAUCCAACUGAAGAAAAGCCUGCACAGAUGUUUGUUGUUGCCAGUCUUAUAGAUAAAUUACCCAAUUUAGGUGGUAUUGCACGAACAUGUGAGGUGCUGGGUAUACAAAAUCUUGUUAUGGAUUCUAAAAUGGACACAAGUAAAAAUGAUUUUAAAAAUUUAAGCAUGACAGCAGAAAAAACCUUAAAUAUAGUUGAAGUCAAGCCAAAAGAUUUGAAGGAAUUUUUAAUGAAUAAGAAAUUACAGGGCUAUGCUAUAGUUGGUGCUGAACAAACCUGUAAUAGCCAAAAUUUUAGUAACUUUAAAUUUCCGCAGAAGUGUGUGUUAUUAUUGGGACAUGAAAAGGAUGGUAUACCAGCACCACUACUUGGUCUAUUAGAUUAUGCUGUUGAAAUACCUCAAUUUGGUCAAAUACGUUCCCUAAAUGUUCACGUAACUGGUGCUUUAUUUAUGUGGGAAUUUUGUAAACAACAUUUAGUGCAUGAACAAUAGUUUAUGGUAUUAACUUUUUAGUUUUUUUUAAUACUCUUUAUUUGUAUAGUAUCAAAGUAUAACUAUAGUAUUUUUUAAACAAUAAAUGAAAUGAAUUACUUUUUUACUGCCAA